AUCUUAGAACUCUCUUGACUUCUUCUGCCUCUUCUUCUUCUCUGUUUUGGUAUGAUCUCAUUUCCUUCCCUUUAUUAACUUUUUCUCUUCCAACAAAAAGUUUCUUGUUAUCAGAUAUUAGCUUUAAGAGAUUUGAGUAGAAUGCCUGCUACUGAUUACCAGGGUUCGUUUCUCGGUCGAAUUAGUAUUCGCCGGAACCAAGUCUGGUCCAUGGAGGGAAACCACGAACACGAAAUCGAAGACCUGGAGUUUUUUCAGAAACACGUGGCUGAUCGUUUUUCUGUUUUGUUAUCAUCUCAAACGUCUGAUGAAAUCCCCACUGAUCCUCUUCUCUCGAUCUCCUGGCUUCGUAAACUCCUUGACACGUUCCUCUGUUGUGAGGCUGAAUUUAAAGCUAUUUUGAUGAUGGGUCGUGACACAUCUCAGAUUUUGAAGCCACCUCUCGAUCGCCUGAUCCCUGAACUGCUAGAAAGAACAGUGAAAGCUUUAGACAUUUGUAAUGCGAUCACCAACGGAAUUGAGUCUGUGAGGCACUAUCAAAAAUUUGCUGAGAUUGCGGUCACUGCCCUGAAGAUUAGACCAAUUGGUGACGGGCAAGUUAAGCGAGCUAGGAGAGCGUUGAAUUCAUUGGUAACUGCAAUGACUACAGAGGACAAAGACGGGAACAAUUAUACAAGAACUUGGUCCUUUGGUCGCCGAGGUAGUGCUUCGGGGAAUAAUAAAGUGACGGGUCAAUUGAGGUCGCUUUCUUGGUCCGUGGCUAAAAACUGGUCCGCAGCGAGACAGCUUCAUGCUAUGACAACAAACCUUGUGGCUCCUCGUGGAGGGGAAACUUUAGGUCUUGCUUUGCCGGUUUAUGUAAUGAGUUCAGUUAUGUUGUUUGUGAUGUGGGCUAUGGUGGCUGCGAUUCCUUGUCAAGAGAGGAGCGGAUUGGCGACACACUUUCCUGUGCCUAAGCAGUUCGCUUGGGCUCACAGUAUGAUAAGUUUGCAUGAAAAGAUUUCCGAGGAAUGGAAGAAGAAAGAAAAGAAAGGAUCAGCUGGGUUGCUCGCUGAGAUGCAAAAGAUGGAGAAAUUGGGCCAGUCUUUGAUUGACUUUGCUGAUAGCUUUCAAUUUCCUGCGGAAGAUGAAAAGGUGGAGGAGGUGGCUACACAAGUGGCGGAAUUGGCGGAGACUUGCCGGAAAAUGGAGGAAGGUUUGGGGCCUUUACAGCUCCAGAUUAGGGAAGUUUUUCAUAGAAUAGUUAGAAGCAGAGCCGAGAUUCUUGACUUGUUGGAGGCAACUGGGAAACUUUCCGCACCUAUCAUGUAGAGAUGUGGUUGUGGGGCCUUUUCUGGGUCUGAAUUUUGUUGGAAAAGAAGAUCUCUUGAUGAGCUUUCUUCAAUAUUGAAAAUCACUGAGGAGGUUCUGGUUAUGAAAGUUGCUUCUUUGAGCCUGCGAUAUGGAUUUGGAUUCAGGUUCGUCAUGAAGGAAUAUGCAUUUUCAAAUGUGAAAUGUAGUGUUUUGUUUUUAUUUAUUUAUAUAUUUUUGUUAACUGCUCAAGUACAGAAGCUUUUCUCUUCAGAGAAAUGUAUAUAAAUUCUCGGUUAUAAAUCUUUGUACUUGGAAGUUCCACAAAUUCAGAAUGCGAUGUAUGAAUCUUGUUAAUUUAUCAGGUUUCUGCCAA